GAAGUGGGACUUCAACUUCUAACGGAGGGUCUGUGAGCAGCACGGUAUUGCUGCGCGUAUUCGGAUGUGAAGUGCAGUUGGCCGAAACUUUAUUUUGCAACCAAGGCAGUAAAUAUCGCCGACACGUUUCUUUUUUGGGGGGACUGUAUAUUAUAUGCCAGGAGGUGAUUGUUUUUCAACUGAUAAAAAUUACCUUGGCGAUUACGCAUUUGUCAAAAGUUAUCUGGAAGCAGAAAGUUCAAGAUGUCAGAUACUUCUGUGAAUGACCAUCUGGAGGGGAUAUUGUCCGAUUUUGAAGCACUGAAGAGAUCAUUUGACAUUGAGGAUGAGAUCCCUGCAUACUCUCCUUCCCCUGCACACAGUUCUCCCUUCAGCCCCACCCCCAACUCCAACAAGACCAAUGAUGGAAGAGGGCCAGCAAACCACACUCCUCCACCCUACCAAUCGCGGAUCAGCAUCAACCCUAGCCCUGCCCAGAGCCCGGUGCUGAGGAACAAGAUCGUCACCAGCCUGUCCUUCAACCGGGGGACAGCAGAGGUCGGUGUCAAGGCCAAUGGGAAUGCGAGUUCGGGAAUCAGCCGAGCCUCAUCCUUCCAGAGCAGGUUCAACCCCAAUGGCUUCUCCUCCUCCUCUGGGCUGGGGAGCCACAACGACAGCCUCCGGAGCUCCUCCUCCAGCCUGGACUCCCAGGCCUCCUUGUCCAAACAGAGUCACUCUGGCACUCUCUCUUCGGGUGGCCUGCCCCAGGGGCCCAUGGGAAGGCGGGAGUUCAAAACCACGGGGCUGGUUGGCCCAGCCCUCAAAAAGUUCUCCUCCCAUGGGAAUGUGUUCCGCUCAGAGGUAGAGGUGUCGUCGGUCCCAGCUGGUGAGCCUGUAGCGGUAAUCCACGGCUCCAUGCCCUCACUGGACCUGCAGGGCAGUGGCAGCCGGGGCGUAGCCUCGCUAGUUGACAGGUUUGGCCAGACGGGAGCGACCUGGAGUGCCAGCCGCCAACAGGGUGCCGUCUCCUCGCUCCGCCACCUGACCCCGAAACCGAAAGAGGUGGCCAAGCUUAAUAAGUUCCCCCUGGAUCUGGAGAACCUGGCGGCCAAGCCUCAGGCACCCCCCGCUGAGACCCCCUCUCCCCCCAAACCACCGCUACGGUUUCACCCCAAACCAGCCGGUGCCCCCUCCCCUGCUCCUGCUGGCCCCUCCAUGCCUGCUGCUGGUGGCUCGAGUGGGGUGGAUCUGGGGUUGUCCCCUGGAAAUGGCAAAAUGGUUGAGCCCGUUAUAGCCCCAGGGCCAUUCCGUGUGCCAGCUGUCACGGCAACACCAGUCCUACUCUCCCCAGCCCAGACCCCUGAGCUCACUCUGAUCACCCGGCCGCAGGUUGUCCAGCUUAUCCCCUCAGAACCACAACCUCCCACAUCCCCAAAUGUCUCCAAAGAAACCUGCCAGGAAUUGCCAAGCUUGGGGAGUGAGAUCAUGGGAUCACCUGACAAGGAAGUGCCACAGACCAAUAAGAGCAUGGUUUCGCCUGAUAAAGCAGUACCACAAACGAAUGAGAGUGUAGGAUCACUUGAAAAGGAAGCACCGCAGGCCAAUGACAGCAUAGUCUCACCUGAUAAGGAAGUGCCACAGGCCACUGAGAGUGUACAAUCACCUGAUAAGGAAUUGCCAAGGGCCAAUGAGGGCAUUGGAUUGCCUGAAAAGGAAGGACCACAGGCCAAUGAAAGUAUAGAUUUGCCUGAUAAGGAAGUGCCACUGGGCAAUGAGAACGUAGUUUUGCCUGAUAAGGAAUUGUCACAGACCAGUGAGAGCAUAGAAUCGCCAGAAAAGGAAAUACCAGGAGCCAAUGAGAACACAGUGUCACCCAGCCAGGAAGUGCCACAGGCAAAUGAGAGUGUAGGAUCCAUUCUCCAGAGGAUCGCCUCCUUCUCACAGGCUGACAGCACAGAGCCCGGGCCCAAGGAAGACAAUCGCCAGGGCAACAAAGAUAAGGCGGAGGGGCCAUACUUUCAACAGAAGGAGCGAGAGGAAGAAAUGCCAGCGCCGGCCUUGGAGCCAGACGUCCAGAUGGCCGAGGAGGAGGAGGAGGAGCCAGAGGAGCAGGCCCCGCCCACUUGCCCCAAAGAGCCCAGCCCGGACGGGUACAUCACGGGGCACGAGCUGUUCGGCUAUGUGGGCAUCGAGGCCGUGCUGGACCAGAUGAGGCGAAAGGCCAUGAAGACGGGCUUUGAGUUUAACAUAAUGGUUGUAGGGCAGAGCGGCCUGGGCAAGUCGACGCUGGUGAACACGCUCUUCAAGUCCAAAGUGAGCCGCAAGUCCUGCACGCCCAACUACGAGGACAAGAUCUCCAAGACGGUGAACCUGCAGUCCGUCAGCCACGUCAUCGAGGAGCGGGGAGUGAAGAUGAAGCUAACUGUCAUCGACACCCCAGGUUUCGGAGACCAGAUUAACAAUGAAAACUGCUGGGAGCCCAUAGUGGAAUAUAUUAAUGAGCAGUACGAGAAGUACUUAAAGGAGGAGCUCAACGUCAACAGGAAGAGGCGGAUCCCCGACACGCGGGUCCACUGCUGCGUCUACUUCCUGCCGGCCACCGGACACUGGUUGCGACCCCUAGACGUGGAGUUCAUGAGGCGGCUUGGCCUGAUCGUGAGCAUCGUCCCGGUGAUCGCCAAAGCAGACGCGCUCACCAUCGAGGAGAGGCUGGAGUUCAAACAGAGGAUAAGAAAGGAUCUGCAGGCCAACGGGAUCAGGGUGUACCCACAGACAGAGUACGAUGAGACGAGAGAUGACAGGAUAAUGAAUGAUAAAAUUAGGGAAAAGAUCCCUUUUGCAGUAGUGGGGACAGACAAAGAGCACCAGGUGAACGGGAACAAGGUCCUUGGCAGAAAAACAAAAUGGGGAAUUAUAGAGGUGGAGAAUGUUGCACACUGCGAGUUUGCCAACUUAAGAGAUCUGCUCAUCAGGUCCCACCUGCAAGACUUAAAGGACGUCACCCACAACAUCCACUAUGAGACCUACAGGGUCAGAAGGCUCAACGAAAGCAACCUGAAUGGACUGGGGAUUUCAGCUCUGAGCCCUGUGAACGGCGUGGCGGAAAAGAGCGAGCCUGAAAGCCUCUGAUUUGAAGCCAGGAGUAGGCUAAUAAAGCUGAGGACGUUUGUGGGAACUUCCGUCUUCUAAGGGACUGUAGUAUGGACGAUCCCGCUGUCAACCAAUCAAAAGCGAGAGAGACUUUUAUAAGCGAAUUUCAAUGCGUGGCAUCACAAUUUGAUUGGGAGAGAGAGAAAUCACCUGCAAUAUUUUCGCGUACACAUUACCGCUAAAUAAAGCAUAUUUCUUCAUUAUAAAGAAUUAAUGUAUGCGCAGAUAUUUUUGGAGUUGUACGUGGGCUUUUACCUGGGGGGGCGAUAAGGAUUUCCCACGUUUGAAGAAUAGGCUAAACUUUGUAGAAAAUAACACUGUCAGACAAAAAAAAAAAUGUAAAAGGAUGCUUUGAUCUCUGCGUGACUUUUUGCAGCACAGAAUGGCUCACUUCCAGCUCUUUCUCCCAGUCUUCAGUCAUACGGCUGUCCCUGGAUUAAAGUAGGAAACUGGGACGACUUCAGAGCGCUAAUGGCCGUGUAACCAUCAAUAACACAGACAUUUACAGACAGUAAUUACUGCUUUCUAAUCUACAUCCAUUUUUUAGACACUGCGAGUGAAGUGAUAGGACUUUAUUUUGCCAUGUUUUGCUUUUUCAUCUUAAAGGGCGCCCAGGGCCUGAUCGCUGAAAUGUAUCCUCGGUCUACAUUAUAAUUAUCAUGCAGUUUAUAAAUUCCUGUCAGGUUCAAAUGUUUUUCUUCAAAGGUAUAUCAAAGUGAACCCCGGUGAAUGUUUUCAGUUGUGCCGUUUGGCGGUGCAUACAAAGCCGUACAAAUGCUUACAACGUCCAACAAAAACGCAGACUCGGGCCGGAGUUCCAUUUUCACCUGGAACCACCCUUGGUGCCUUUUAAGGAGUUAUCUGAAGCGGUGGCUGUUUUAACACAAUUGUUCUUACGUUACCUGCUACGUAACUGAUGGCUAACAGUACUUCAUGGGUCGAUACUUCAAAACCGGGAUGUCUCAAAGAAGACAUCCGAGUGUAAACACAUUAAUCUUAUUUCCCGGUUAUGUUCUUCUACAAUUCGUAUUCCACUCUGAUAGUGUCUUUAACAAAAUGAGUAGGCCUAAUAGAUGUCUUGUGAGGAGAGUCAAAUUCCGUCCCUAGUGCCGCGUUAACGCUGUGGUAAGAACCCAUCAUUUUCUCAAAUGAUAAAUUUUGGUCUUUAAAUCAAAUGUAGAUUAAACGUAUAUUUUGCGACAUUUGCAUGUCUAACUGAUUGCUUUGACAACAUAAACGGAAGUUACGGCUGAAACAAAAACUGAGUAGCCUAUACAUGGGCACACAGGGCACCUCCAAAGGACGGAGUUUGGCACCCCAGGCUUGCAUGCAUUGACUUAAUAUUGUCUGUUCAUGGGGAGGCGCAACUAAAUACUUCACCCUGUAGAUCUGAACAGAAAAGGUAUAGUCCACUUACAAAUAAACCGUUUCUGAAGUGCGA